AUGAAAGUUUUGUGGGGGAUGCUCGUCCGUUCGUUUUCGUUUUGGAGCAUCGCGGCAAACCGUGACGAUGAGUAUCAGUACGGGACCUGGCGAGACGAUGCUCAAGCCGUCGAGGGCGGAGGCGGAUCGCGGCCGUCUUCCAUCCAGUCGACUGUUCUGACUCCGGACAAGCCCAAGCAGCCAGCGCAGGGGGCGGGCUCGAAGCCUAAGGAGCCCUCGAAUGACGACGACUUCUUCGCGUCUGAUGCUUUGCAGAAUGCAUCGCCCAAGCCAGCCUUUUCCGACAAUGUCGCCGUCAUCAUGGAAACGGACCCGUCCAACGUGCCCAAUUUGAUCCCACUCAUGCUGCACUUCGAGUCGAUUCUAGGCCCCAAGUGGCCAGUCGUUCUUCUCACGCUGGAGGCGAACUGGAAAGUGCCAUCGUCGCCAUCAUUCCGGCGUUUGAUGGAUGCUGGGCGGAUCCGCAUCAUGUACCUCGAGGCGAACACGACUUUCCCGAACCACAACUCGGUGUCUGUGUUCCUGACGAGCCCGUGGUUCUGGGAGCAGUUCGAGUCGGCGCACCGGAUGCUCAUGUUCCAGACGGACAGCAUCCUGUGCUCGAACUCGGACUUGUCGGUGGACGACUUCCUCGAGUUCGACCUGCUUGGGGCCCCUAUCGCGGCGCAAUUUGGACACGGCUACAAUGGCGGGCUGUCGCUGCGCAAUCCGAAACUGAUGCUGCAGGUGGCGCGGGCAGCGCACAGCAGCUUCGGCAGCGAGGGCGGCGGAAACGAGGUUGGGUUCGAGGACCAGUGGUUCUACGGCAAGCUCAAGGCACUGCCAGAGGCCAACCUGCCAAGCGAGGACGUGGCCAAGACAUUUGCAGUUGAGACGAUCUACUACGAGAAGCCGCUGGGCUACCACCAGCCGGAGCGGUGGCAGCACGACCAUAUGGAGCAGAUCAAGGAAUGGUGCCCGGAGGUGGGCAUGUUGAUGGGCCGGCGCUUCUGA